CAGUGAGCCAACUGUAAGAAAAUGUAGUUUAACAGAAGUAGAAGAUGUCAAACUUACAUUUAACUCCAAAACAACACCAAGGCAGUCAAAACCCAGAGAAAUGGCAGUACACAUAGAUAUUAUAACGAAGGUAACCACAACGUGGGCAGUGUUGGAGAGAACUCCUUUGAAGAAAACAUUUGACACCACCUAUGGAAGGCAUAAUAACAUCACUGUUUACCUUGUGUGUAACCUGUGAAGGUGGCAUAGCCUGCCACAGCAAACGCAGCACUGACCAGGAAGGCAGAGCCCACUGACAGUAUCCUGACAAAUCCAGUUGAGCCCUCACCAAAAGACAUGACACCAACUGCCUGGAUGGCAUUCCACCUUGCAAAUGACCAUGCAUCCUCUGCAGGGGGACUAUGGAAGCACAUAUAAAGAACCCUCUCUGCUGCAGGCGGCUAUCUGGACACGCUGACGGUGCAUGAUGACAACAUGGCACAGAUGCUGCUGCCACCCGGACCAGACAGCUUCCGUCCGUUCGGCCGCGAGUCGCUCAGGGCCAUCGAGAAUCGCAUCCGCGAGGAGGCCCAAAACAAGCCAAAGGACAAGCGGGCCAAAGAUGACGAGAACGUCCCGAAACCCAAUGGCGACCUGGAGGCGGGGAAAAUCCUGCCCUUCAUAUAUGGGGACGUGCCCUGUGAACUGGUGUCCAGCCCUCUGGAGGACAUGGACACUUAUUACAACAACAAAAAAACCUUUAUAGUGUUGAACAAAGGGAAGACAAUCUUUCGCUUCAGUGCGACACGUGCUUUGUAUAUUUUAAGCCCCUUCAAUCCCAUUAGAAGAAUUGCUAUUAAAGUUUUGGUGCAUCGAUGGUUUAGCAUGUUGAUCAUGUGCACAAUCUUAACCAACUGUGGGUUUAUGACACAGUCUUCGAAUCCAAAACCUGUGGAGUACACAUUCACCGGAAUAUAUACUUUUGAAUCCCUCAUUAAAAUUCUUGCAAGGGGCUUUUGUAUGGAGCCGUUUACCUUUCUAAGGGAUCCAUGGAAUUGGUUGGACUUCUGUGUUAUUGUCAUGGCAUAUGUCACAUUUUUUCUGGAGGGGUAUGUGGACCUGGGCAAUCUGACUCCACUAAGAACAUUCAGGGUGCUACGGGCCCUCAAAUCUAUAUCAGUCGUUCCAGGUCUGAAGACUAUUGUAGGAGCACUCAUACAGUCAGUGAAGAAGCUGGCUGACGUCAUGAUUCUCACCGUCUUCUGCUUAAGUGUCUUUGCUCUGAUCGGGCUGCAGCUCUUCAUGGGCAAUCUAAAGCACAAAUGUGUGAGAAUGCAAUACCCCUCCAACAGAAAUGCAUCAAUGAGUCUCAUACUUAACUCAACUAACUAUAGCUCGGACCCAAAUAACCACUACUUUAUCCAAGGCCAAAGAGAUGCCUUGCUGUGCGGGAAUGGCAGUGGAGCUGGAGUAUGCCCAGACGGAUAUUUGUGCUAUAAAACGGGCAAGAACCCAGAUUACGGGUACACAAGCUUCGACUCGUUUGGCUGGGCCUUCCUGUCUUUGUUCAGGCUGAUGACCCAGGACUACUGGGAGCGACUCUACCAGCAGACUCUCAGGGCAGCAGGAAAGCCCUACAUGAUGUUCUUCAUCCUGGUCAUCUUCUUGGGGUCCUUCUACCUGGUAAAUCUGAUCCUGGCUGUGGUGGCCAUGGCCUAUGAUGAACAGAACCAGGCCACCAUAGAGGAGGCCCAGCAGAAGGAGAUGGAGUUCCAAGCUAUGUUGGAGCAGUUGAAGGACAGCAUGGUUAAGACCAAAAUAAUAAGUGACAUAGUAGAGAACGAGGCCCUGUCGGAGUCAUCUUCCAACGUCUCGAGACUCAGCUCCAAAAGUGCCAAGGAGCUCAGAAACCACAGAAAACGCAGAAAAGAUGGGGAGAGGGGUGACAGUGUGCGGUCACACAAUUCCGAGUCAGAGGACAGCAUCAGAAGGCCCUCUCUUCGUUUCCUGGACGGCAAACAUCGCCUUUCCAAUAAGGAGCAUCCUUCAUCCCCACAUCAGUCGAUCCUUAGUUUCCAUGGGUCCAUUUUGUCACCCAGACGGAACAGCAGGAGUAGUGUCUUCAGUUACCGUGGCGGGGCAUUGGACGAAACUGGUUUCGCUGAUGACGAGCACAGCCCCUUUGACAAGGGCAGCCGGCGUGGCUCCUUAUUCCUGCCGUGCAGGCCCCGCUUUAGGCACGUCAGUGAGAACAGCGUCUCCUCCCAUAUCCUCCGGACAGCCAGCAGCAAGAUCCAGAGCUCCGUGAACCACAAUGGGAUAGGGUCCCAGGUUUCCGGGGGCUCACUACCCUCGUCACCUGCUCACCUUCGGUUGCCUGUGGUGAUGAUAGAUGCCCCCACCCCUUGUGAUGACGGUUCUCCUGGCAGUGGUUCCUUCAGGAGGGUCCGAUAUGGUUCUAACUCGGCAGACUUUUUAGAUGACGUGUCCAUAAGGCAAAGAGCCCUGAGUGUGGCCAGUAUAAUCACCACAGUGGAAGAACUUGAAGAGUCAAGACAGAAGUGCCAUCCAUGUUGGUUUGAGCUUGCCAGAACUCUUCUGAUCUGGGACUGUCCCUCAUGGGUGAAAAUCAAGAAAGUUGUCUACCUUAUUGUGAUGGACCCUUUUGCUGAUCUAGCCAUCACUAUCUGUAUAGUCUUAAAUACAGUGUUUAUGUCAAUGGAGCAGCACCCAGGGUCACCCACGUUAACAAGUGUUCUCUAUGUAGGGAAUCUGGUAUUUACAGCAAUCUUCACUGGUGAGAUGAUUUUGAAGAUUAUAGCUAUGGACCCAUACUAUUAUUUCCAAGAGAGCUGGAAUAUAUUUGACAGUGUUAUUGUCAUCUUGAGCUUGAUAGAACUUGGGCUGGCAAAACUAUCAGGGAUGUCUGUUCUCAGAUCUUUCAGAUUGUUGAGGAUCUUCAAACUAGCUAAGUCAUGGCCCACUCUGAACAUGCUGAUCAAGAUCAUAGGGAACUCAGUUGGCGCCCUGGGAAACCUCACCUUGGUGCUGGCCAUUAUUGUCUUCAUAUUUGCUGUGGUUGGCAUGCAGCUAUUUGGCUCGAGCUACGAACAGAAUAGUUGCAAGAUAACGGAGAAGUGUCAAGAUGACUGUUCUAAGGAUUGUUUGCUGCCACGCUGGCACAUGCACGACUUUCCCCAUUCCUUCCUGGUUGUGUUCCGAGUGUUGUGUGGCGAGUGGAUUGAGACCAUGUGGGACUGCAUGGAGGUCCAUGAAGGCCAGGCCAUGUGUCUCACUGUCUUCAUGAUGGUCAUGGUCAUCGGAAAUUUGGUGGUCCUCAACCUCUUUCUUGCGCUGCUGCUCAGCUCUUUCAGUGCUGACAACCUGACGGCUAUAGAAGACGAUAACGAGACAAAUAACAUUCAGAUAGCCAUGGCUCGGAUUCAUAGGGGCAUUGCUUGGGUGAAGCUCACAGUGCGUCGCUCUUUUCGGAGCCUUUGCAUGAGAAAAAAGAAGCAAAAGAAGCCCGUGAGCAUGGUCAAGUCAGGGGACGACCACGCCAACAAUGGAAUGGACAAUGGAAUCUAUUUUCCCAACCACAGCACUGUAGAGUUCAUCAAAGACCUGGACUGUUUGAAGGAGCGGAACGGAGUAGCUGCAGGGUUGGAGGACACUGCAAAGAACUACAUCAUGUCCAACGAGGAUGUGUAUUUGCCUUUCGUCAGUAAUUCUGACGUGACUGUCUCAGUCCCCAUUGCUGCAGGGGAAUCUGACUUUGAGAACCUCAACACAGAAGACUUCAGCAGCCUGUCCUCUGACAUAGAGGAUGACAUCAAAGAGAAGCUGGAGGACAAUGGCGAUUGUAGCUCUUCAGAGGGUAGCACAGUAGACAUCAGACUCAACUGUGGAGAGUCUAUGGACCUGGAGCUGGAGGAGUCCAUGGACCCUGAACCAUGCUUUACAACAGGUUGUGUCCAGAGAUUCCCCUGCUGUCGUGUUGAUAUAGAGAAAGGUAUCUGGAAGUCGUGGUGGACCCUGAGAAAGACAUGCUUCAGAAUCGUGGAGCAUAACUGGUUUGAGACCUUCAUCAUCUUCAUGAUCAUGCUCAGCAGUGGUGCACUUGCUUUUGAAGACGUCGAACUUGUUAAUAGGCCAAAGAUAAAGGUUAUCCUGGAAUAUGCUGAUAAAGUAUUCACCUAUAUAUUCAUCUUGGAGAUGCUGUUAAAGUGGGUGGCCUAUGGAUUUGCCAAAUACUUCACCAACUACUGGUGCUGGCUGGACUUUGUUAUUGUUGAUAUCUCUAUAAUCAGCAUGGUGGCCAAUGCUUUGAACUGCAAUCAAGGUGCAAUUAAAUCCCUGAGGACACUGAGGUCUCUAAGACCCCUCAGAGCUAUGUCACGCUUCGAGGGCAUGCGGGUGGUGGUGAAUGCCCUGCUGGGAGCCAUUCCUUCUAUCUUCAAUGUCCUGCUGGUCUGCCUCAUCUUCUGGCUAAUUUUUAGCAUCAUGGGAGUCAAUUUCUUUGCCGGAAAGUACCACUAUUGUGCCAAUAGUACCAAUGGAGAACGCUUUAAUGCAAGUGAAGUUGCAAACCAGACAGAGUGCAAUAAAACAGAAGGGGCUCGUUGGAAGAAUGUCAAAAUUAACUUUGACAAUGUGGCGUCAGGCUACUUGGCGUUAUUGCAAGUGGCAACAUUUAAGGGCUGGAUGCCAAUCAUGUACGCUGCUGUAGACUCACGUCAACUAAAUGACCAGCCUAUCUACGAAGACAAAAUGGUUGCGUACAUCUACUUUGUCGUUUUCAUCAUCUUCGGUUCAUUCUUCACCCUCAAUCUCUUCAUUGGUGUCAUUAUUGACAACUUCAAUCAACAGAAGAAAAAGUUUGGAGGUCAGGAUAUCUUCAUGACUGAAGAGCAAAAGAAGUAUUACAAUGCCAUGAAAAAGCUUGGAUCCAAGAAGCCCCAGAAGCCUAUUCCUAGGCCAUCAAACAAAAUACAAGGAUUUGUCUUUGACCUUAUAACCAAGCAGGGCUUUGAUAUUUUGAUCAUGGUUCUUAUAUUCCUUAAUAUGGUAACCAUGAUGAUUGAGACGGAUGAACAAUCCAUUGAGAAAGAGAACAUCCUUUACAAUAUCAAUUUGGUGUUCAUUGUGCUGUUCACCUCAGAAUGUGUAUUAAAGAUGAUUGCACUUCGCCAUCACUAUUUCACUGUCAGCUGGAAUGUAUUUGACUUCAUUGUCGUCAUCCUUUCAGUAGUUGGUAUGUUUCUAGCAGACCUGAUAGAAAAGUAUUUCUUCUCGCCAACCCUGUUUAGAGUGAUUCGUCUUGCGAGAAUUGGGCGCAUCCUACGCCUCGUCAAAAGUGCCAAGGGAAUUCGCACUCUUCUGUUUGCUCUGAUGAUGUCAUUGCCGGCCCUGUUUAAUAUUGGCAUCCUCCUCUUCUUGGUGAUGUUCAUCUACUCCAUCCUCGGCAUGUCCUUCUUUGCCUACAUAAAGAAGGAGGAUGGCAUAGACGACAUGUUCAACUUCGAGACGUUCGGCAACAGCAUGAUCUGCCUGUUCCAGAUCACCACCUCGGCUGGUUGGGACCUCCUCCUGUCGCCCAUACUCAACGUCGAGCCAGACUGCAACAAGACGAAAGAAAACCCCGGCAGUCGCAACAAGGGCGACUGUGGCAACCCGGCAGUGGGCAUCGCCUUCUUCGUCUCGUACAUCAUCAUCUGCUUCCUGAUCGUGGUCAAUAUGUACAUUGCCGUCAUCCUGGAGAACUUCAGCGUGGCCACGGAGGAGAGUGCCGAGCCGUUGGGCGAGGACGACUUUGAGAUGUUCUACGAAGUGUGGGAGAAGUUUGACCCCAAGGCCACGCAGUUCAUCAACUACGACAAGCUGUCGGACUUCGCCAACGCGCUGAACCCGCCACUGCGCAUGCCCAAGCCCAACGCGGUGGCGCUGAUCAACAUGGACCUGCCCAUGGUGAGUGGCGAGCGCAUCCACUGCCUGGACAUCCUGUUUGCCUUCACCAAGCGCGUGCUGGGCGAGGGUGGUGAGCUGGACGUCCUGCGCGGCCAGAUGGAGGAACGUUUCAUGGCCUCGAACCCCUCAAAGGUUUCUUACGAGCCCAUCUCCUCCACACUGCGCCGCAAGCAGGAGUUCAUGUCGGCCAUCCUCAUCCAGAGAGCUUUCCGGAGGUAUCUGAUCCGAAGGACUGUCAAACAGGGCUCCAGCAUAUUUAACUACAGCGAGAGCGACGAAGAGAACCCUCCGGACAAAGGCUCCACAGACAAACUGAACGAGAACACUUUGUCGGCUCAGGGCUCGGACAAAAGCCCGUCCACACUGUCCCCGCAGUCCAGUAAUAGUGUAAGAGGGCCAGGAAAGGAAAAGUAUGAAAAGGACAAGAGGGAGAAGGAAGUGAAAUGCAAAGACAAUGAACAGGGCAGAAAAUAAAAUAAAUGAUACCAUGAUGUAGUAUCAUUUUGUGGCCAAAACAAAAUUCCCAGCCCUUGAAGGUUACUAAUGGAAUCUAAUCCCUUCAAGCCUUUGGAUGUCUUAUGUCAAAAAACAGCACCUGCAGAUUACUGCAAUUAAAGCUGACUGUUUGUGGUAUUCUUAGGCAUUUGGGGGAUAACAUUGUAGCCGGUUAAUAUAAAUGGGGGACAUAAUUGAGGCUCACUACAAAGUGCUCUAAGUGCUAUUGGUGUUUCAUCUCAGUAAACAGUAUCUUCUUCAGCAGCUCUCAAAUGUCAAAUGAUGCAACCAGUGUCUAUCUUCAAAAUGCCAUACAUUAUGAAAAGUAUGUGUCAUAUAAAAACAGUUUUAAUUAUUUUACCCUAAAUUGGCAAUGGGGCAUGUGUGCAGGACAUGCGGAAACAUUUUAAUGUUUUAAUCUUUAAGAGGCAAAAAAACGAUGAAGCAUCUUGAGACUUGUGUGUUCAUCUCUUGCAUGACAGUGCUGGACCAAUCAAACAGAGGAUAGGGUUGGAAGCACGAAGCUUUAGUCUCUCUGGUGAUGUAGAUUGGUUCUUAGUAUACUGUGUGACGUUUCGGUGAUUGAAAGCUGAAUUGCUCGAGGCUAAAAGCAUGUGCCAGUGGUUUCAGGUUAGCUGCAUCUAGCCCAGAAAACGUGUCUAGAACCAUCAGCUUCAGGACAUAGUUGAUUCCCUGGUAAACAUUUCUUAACUACAUUCCACCGUGAGGCAGCCUAUUGUAGUCCAGUGUUUCCUAUGGUUUAACUGGUAGAAAAUGUGCUAUUUUUAGUAGUCACAUUUUUAUACCCAUUUUCCAAUCUAUAGAACACCUGAUCUUGAGAAGCAUCACCGACAUUCUUUGUGCAUUGUGAGCAUGUGUUAUUUUCCCAGAGGAAACUGGAAAUUCUCUGAAUUAUGGUCAUACCUCCCAUCAGCAAGAAGGCUUUUGGUCCAAAACUGCUGUUGCAAAGUGCAAUUUUAAAGAGAUAAAUGAAAAGGCAACAAUAUUUAUAGCUUUGUAUGUUGCUCUCACAUGUACGAGUUAUUGAUUGUAGAUAUAUAAAUUUAAGCAUAACAUAUUUAUAUAUGCAUUUCUUGUAAUAGUGUACAAUUUGUAAUAUGUAUUACGUUCAUAUGGUUCAACAUUACUACAUAUGUUAUGCAACAUAUACAUACAUAUAUAUAAUUUAAUGUGCAUAAUGUAUGAUAUUGUCUCUUUUCUGUAUGCAAAUUCUGUUGGAAGUUUCACUCUGUUCCUCUCUGUUGUAGUAAUAAUGUAAUAUACAUGUUACUCAUUAUAUUUGUUUUUAUUGUUUAUUUGAAGAUAUAUUUGCACAGUCAGCAUCACAGCCUAAACAGCAGGUUUCAUUCAGCUACUUCCUAAAGUGGUCCUCCAAAAGUGAUGUUAUUAUUAUUAUUAUUGACACAGAUUGUCAAUGGCAAGCUUAGACCAGGAUAAAUAAUUAUUUCCAUGACAGGUCUAGAGUGAGCAUGGCAGGAUAUGAUUGUGGCAGUGGCAUGGAAUUUAACACAUCCUUCAUGGACACUUACAUUUUUGUUUACAUUUUUAUAUUUUUUCAUCUCUUUCAUGAUUUUCCUUUUUCCCCAUAAUCCCUCUGCAGAGACCACAUGACAUGUCUAAUAAGUGUUGCAGUUACACUCCUAAAUAUAGUAAAAAAAAAGUCACACUGGUUCGAUAUGCAUGCAAUAAAAGCAUUCAUUAUCUGUGUAUAAUUGAUAUGCCUAAAGUACAUGACAUAGCCUAUGCAUGUGAUAUACUUACAAAUAAUGAAUAUUUUGGUUGCACAGACACUCCAUCUUUUAUAAUGUAUGCAUUAUGCUUGUAGGUAAUAAGGGUGCUGCAUGCACAAGACACUGUUUUUUAAAGCCAAAAGAAUAAAGAUGCCAUGUACCUUA